AUGAGCCUCGAGGAAGCUAAACAGCAACGGGCUAACACAAAGAAAAGUAUUACCCGAAUCAAAAAUCAAGUCGAAGCUAAUGCAAGGGGUGAAGGAAGGACGCUGUCGUCGGCGGAACUGAAAUGUCGUUUAGGGAUUUUGGAGUCGUAUUUCAAACAAAUCUUGUCGUUCCAAACCCAAAUUGAGAAAUUUGAUCCAGAUGACAAUGGUCGACUUGAAAUCGAGGAUUUAUAUAUUGCAUGUAAAAUGAGUAUCCAGUCCCAGCUUAGCGAAGAUGUCCACAACACAUCGCUUUCUGACUCAACUAUUUGUUUCCAAGCACCCAGCCACAAGUUGCCUGCACUCAAAUUGCCCACUUUCGGUGGUAAGUACAGUGAGUACAAAAAUUUUAUAACGUCGUUCAACCAAGUGAUCGAUCGUGAGGUUGGCCUUUCUAAUAUCGAAAAGUUCAAUCAUUUGCUUAACUGCCUCCAUGGACAGGCACUGGAAACUGUAAAGGCUUUCCAGAUUACAAAUGAAAACUACCCAAAGGCUCUAGAAAGGCUAAAGAUGCGUUAUGACAAUAGUUCGCUGAUAUUCAUGGAAAAUAUAACCAACCUUUUUGAACUUCCUAGCAUGUCAAAGCAUAAUUGCACACAACUUCGUAGUCUUGUGGACAAUGUUUCUGCUCUAUACAGUUCUUUGCUCUCUCUGGGCUCGCAUAGUGACAUCGCACAGUCAAUGCUUAUCUACAUAGUGAUGGAGAAAGUGGACGAUGACACAAAAAGAAAAUGGAAAGAUUCUUUAGACUUCACCAAACUGUCGUCAUGGAACGAUUGCUUAAAGGUUGUGGAAAGACAUUGCCAAUUUCUGGAAUCGGUUGAAACCAGUCAUACUCAUGUUGCCUCUCGUAAGUCCAAUCAACAGUCUGGUAAGUUCAAUGAUAAAGCUUCUAGAUCCGGCUCCAGUUUUUCUGUUUCAAAACGUGUUUGCCAGCUUUGCUCAAAAUCUGACCACACAAUUAGUCGCUGUACUCGCUUUAAGGAAAUGAAUGUCAGUGAACGUUUUGAAAAUGUCAAACGACUUGGCCUUUGUCUAAAUUGUUUAUCGAAAGGGCAUCAUGUUAAUAGCUGUUCAUCCUCAUUUAAGUGUAAAACUUGUUCUCGUUCGCAUCACAGUAUGCUUCAUCGGUGUCAGUCUGCACCAAGGCCCUCGUCCCCUGCUUCUGUCACCUUGAAUGAAAAUCCCGCCUCGGUCCACACCCAUGUGGAAAAAGCUUCGCCGGAACAGAUAUUGCUUGCUACUGCUAUUAUUCUUGUUCGUGAUUCUACUGGUUGCUACCAAUUGGGACGAGCUUUGUUGGAUUCUUGCUCCCAAUUGAAUUUCAUGACUGAUGACUUUUCUAGAAAGCUACAUUUGCCUCGAGCAAAACAUACUACUGUUGUUGCUGGUAUUGGAAACUCUCAUAGUAAUAGCAGAUAUAGGACGUCAACAAAUGUCAAAUCUCGAUUAACUGAUUUCGAAGCUACACUCUCGUUUUGUGUUACGCCUCAUAUCUCAUAUCAACCCGAUUCUGAAUUAGAUGUCUCGUCGUGGAAUUUGCCUCCAAAUACCCAGCUUGCAGAUGAAGAUUUUUUUAAAUCCAAACGUAUAGAUUUGCUCAUUGGUACAGAUACAUUUUUUGAUAUCUUGUCAGUUGGCCAAAUUAAACUUGGACCUAAUUUGCCCAAAUUACAUAAAACGCUAUUCGGUUGGAUUGUAGUUGGUCGUUAUCAAUCCAAGAGUACUAGUUCCUCUUGUAUGUUCACAAUAGAAGAAGAGGUCGAUUUGAAAUUACAGCGCUUAUGGGAAAUCGAAGAAAUCUCACUUGACUCAAAUGGUUUGACUCCUGAACAAAUUGAUUGUGAAUCAUUUUUCAACCAUAAUGUCCAUCGCGAAUCUACCGGGAGGAUUAUUGUGAGAUUGCCCUUUAAGGAACCUGCUGAGACAUUAGGUCUCUCUCGGGACAGGACUGUUAAGAGAUUUACCUCCCAAGAAAGGCGCUUUGCUCGUGACUACAAUCUUAAAUCUCAAUACAUUGCGUUUAUGAAGGAAUAUGAAGAUUGUGGACAUAUGAGUUUAGUUCGAAAUCCUCGGUUAGAUGUACCUCAUUUUUUCAUCCCUCACCAUUGUGUCUUCAAGCUCAACAGUACGUCAACUAAACUUCGUGUGGUAUUCGAUGCCUCGUGUCCAACAUCGUCUCAGAAAUCGUUAAAUGACAUUAUCAUGGUUGGUCCAACAAUUCAGGAUGAGUUGUACAAAAUUCUACUGCGUUUUCGUCUUCAUCGCUACGCUCUAUCAGCGGAUAUAAUAAAAAUGUAUCGUCAGAUCCUUAUAGAUCCUCGUGAUAGAAGAUUUCAAUACAUUUUAUGGAGAAAUUCGGAAGAAGAGGAAAUUCGUACAUAUGAGCUUAAUACCGUUACUUAUGGAAUGUCGUCUGCCCCUUAUCUCGCCAUUCGAAGUCUUCACUAUCUCGCUGACCAAUAUUCAGAGCAAUUGCCACUUGGCUCAAAAACUAUCAAAUCGUCAUUUUAUGUGGACGAUUUUCUGGGUGGUGCGGACUCAGUCGAAGAAUUGGCUCAAAUUAAGCGAGAAGUUACUGAAGUUCUAAAUCAUGGCUGUUUCGAAUUGGAUAAGUGGCACUCAAACCAUAAAGAUUUCCAGCAUGACAACACAACAAAGGAUUUGAAUAUUGACGACACUGCUAUAACUAACGCUCUUGGUAUCACUUGGGAUCAACAUAAGGACGUGUUCCUAUUUUCUUUCUCGCCUAAGACUGAAAUUUCGGAGAAAAUCACGAAACGCACCAUUUUGUCACUUUCAUCGUCUCUUUAUGAUCCCCUUGGACUCCUGGCUCCUAUUAUUAUCAAAUCGAAAAUCAUCAUGCAGGAGUUAUGGAUUCUGAAAAUUGGUUGGGACGAAUCUAUUCCCCAAGAACUGCACUCAGCAUGGAAUAAUUUUGUUUCCGAUCUCAAAACUCUAUCUUCGCUUCACAUUCCUCGCUAUGUUCUCGCUGCAAAUUCUCAACAAGUUCAACUACACGGGUUUUCCGAUUCAUCUAUUCUACGCCUAUUUACUGCUAAAUCUCGUGUUGCACCUACAAAAAGACAAUCACUACCAAAGCUCGAAUUGUGUGGAGCCCAACUUUUGGCAAGACUAUACUCCAAGAUAAAAAACCUGACCUCGCCCCCAAACCUCCAAGUGUUUCUUUGGUCUGAUUCUCAAUUGGUUCUUCAUUGGCUCAAGCAGCACUCCUCUACGUUAUCAGUAUUUGUUGGCAACAGAGUGUCAGAAAUUCAGGAUCUCACUAAUGGCUGCGUUUGGCGUCAUGUCCCAACACAUUUCAAUCCAGCUGAUAUUGUCUCUCGUGGUUCUUCUGUGAAAGAACUGUCCUCAUCAAUCUGGUUCAACGGUCCAGAAUUCCUUGCACUCGAUCCCAUUCAAUGGCCGCAUAACAAAAUGCAUAAAUUAUCGGAUGAAAGUCAACUAGUAAUUGACAAGGAAAAACGCAAAACUGUCCUUUGCCUAAAGGUCAAAUCUAACUACAUCUUGGAUUGCAUCGAAAAAUAUAGCUCGUAUUUGAAAAUAAUACGUGUUGUCGCCUGGCCCCAAGAACUGGAGAAUGCGUUGAUUCGUAUAGUUGUCAACAUACAGAAGCAACAUUAUCAAGAUGAUAUACAUCGAGUUCAGAAGAAAAAAGAUCCUCAAGGCACUCUGAGGUGUCUCAAUCCCUUCAUCGACUCAUCAUCUGGUGUUAAUUUGCUGAAGAAACCUGUGUCGUCGUAUCGUGAACUCGUGCCCACAAUGUAUACGAUAUCGCCCGAAAUUGUUGACGCAGAUGAUGGGGCACCACAUUUUGGCGGAUUGUGGGAGGCGGCCGUCAAGUCAGCCAAAGGUCAUCUGACGAAGGCUCUGUCAAACACUAGACUCACCUAUGAGGAAUUGUCUACCGCUAUGGUUGAAAUAGAAGCAAUUUUAAACUCGAGGCCGAUUUCACCUCUAUCUUGCGAUCCUAGCGACUCUGAGGCACUUACGCCAGGCCAUUUUUUAAUCGGCGCUCCCAUGCGAAGUUUGCCAGAACGUGAUGUCCUAACGAAAGAAGUCAACAAUCUUGAAUACUGGGCACGAAUAUGCGCUAUCAAGCAAAGUUUUUGGAAUAAGUGGUCCCACGACUACAUUAAUGAACUUCAAACCCGCAACAAAUGGAUUGCAUCCAACCCUAAUGUCAAACCUGGCUCUCUCGUUAUUGUUCGAGAAGACAAUCUACCCCCACAACAAUGGCUCAUGGGCAGAAUCAUCGAUAUUAUACGUGGAAGAGAUGCCCGUGUCCGCGUCGUAGACAUAAAAACUACAAGGGGAGUAAUGCGUCGCCCUAUUCACAGAUUAGCUCUACUACCUUCUUGA